AUGCCGCUGCCAUCCUCGUCGUCACCACUCCAUCUCGACCGUGAAAGUUCCCACGGUGGUGAAGAGGUAGACGAUCGCGUAACUUCAGGUAUGCCGUUCCCAACGUUCUCGCCCAAUCAAAUAGCACUAGAGUUUGCAAAGUCUGCUGCGCAUGCCUUGAACUCGAAGGAAGUCGAAUAUCUUAUCCACUUCUUGCGGAAGCCUCCCCGACAAGCUCAAGAAUUUCCAAGAGAACAUGUUCGCUCAAAAAUUGAGACAUUUCAUGAAGAUGAAGUAGCGAUAAGUGGAGAACCCCGGGACAGACUGGCAUAUCCUUCAGGCUCCGAGGAUGCCGAACUUGGUGUCAUACUUCAUUGUCAGUCUACCAAAGGACACGUUGGGGAAUUCUGGGAUCCCGAUAGUAGGACAAUACAGCUUCUCAUCAAGAAAGGUCUCAGCCCCGAUUUCAUUUACGGCUUCGACUGGCAUUGGCGUGCUGAAGAAUCCAUGCGGCGGCAUGGCAAGACGUCUUGUCCUACAACACGAUGGUCAACGGCCCAACGUUCUAUCCACGACCAGUUCUCACGUGAGCUCCUUGAACUUCUCCCCCUACCCUGGGUAUUAAUCGGUGGAGGCUGCGCAAAACAUAGCUAUCGCCGCACCCUGUCGGGUCUAUCCAAGCAGCUUACGAUGGAGCUGGAUGAUGCUGUCAAACUUGAAAUUGAUUUAGACUUUCAAGAAAACAGCAUUAGGCGCAUUGCGAUAUACGUGCCUCAUCCGUCAUCCGCCUUUAUCCAACCAUCCUCAGCUCAGAGAGUCGGGAGAAAUCUAGAUACGAGCAUGAACUUCUUCCUCUGGCUUCAGCAUCGGGACGGUCAGCCGAAUAGCUUCACGGAAACCAUGUUGGCAAUUUCUCGCGGAGUUCCCGGUGCAGCGCCCUUUCAAGAACUUUAUGAAUACAGAGCUCAGGAGAGAGCCCUCGGCAGAAACCUUACCCAAGACGAGUAUCAACCUGCAUUCUUGAGUUGGGCCGUGACAUACCUGGGCGAGAUUCCUCUUGUAAUCCUAGGUCGGGGUGAUUCCUUGGCAGAAGCAAUUAAAGGCAAAAUAGGCCAGAAAAUCAGUACCAUUCAGAAGUCGAAUGGCUUCAACGCCGUGCGAACAGGUCGGAAAGGACCGGUAGCGAGGUACGGAUAUGAGUACAGACCAACUUGGGAUGGCCAGCGUGUUUCCGUGACCCAAAAAGGCUCUUUCAAGAUCUUCCUGUCAGAGGACCAGGAAAGUCUCGAAUUGAGAGGGGGGAGGCCAUUGCAGAGGAAGGUGUCCGAGUCUUCAGGCCCGGUGACCAUCCAUUUUUCGGAAGAACAUAUUACUCUUCAACAAGAUGGCUCGGUGGUGUUUCGAACGACGUGUGCGCAGAUUAAGGACCCGGAUCUACGAGCACGGUGGAUUGAACAAGUCAAAGUUGAGUCUAGAGAGAAGGGCAUCCUUCAAAAUUAG